UUACGCAAAAGAGCCGUGCUGCUUUCACUGUCAAACCACGGCCUCGUUAAUAUGAAUAGUAUCACUCAUCUGUUCACUACACAGCCAAUACUCGUGUGUGAUCAACUACUUCUCUUUGUUAACAGAUGUCUGAUUACACUGGAAGGCAGCCGAGCAAGUCUUCCUGACAGCUGAAGUAACUGUCGAGAACAACCGAUGACACGUUUUCUGCCAAUAUAAACCGUGUUGGUCGUCUACAUACAUUUCGUUGAAAUGAUUUCCGAGCUGUCCAAUCCCUCAGUGUUGAUGAGGGACCCUCAGAGGGUGGAAGAGAUCAUGCAGGCCAUGCUGAAGGCUGGCUCCAACACUUUGCAGGUUAUCUCAGACUUUGACAUGACCUUAACCAGGUUUGCAUACAACGGGAAAAGGUGUCCCACCUGUCAUAAUAUUUUGGACAACAGCAAACUAAUCUCACAAGAAUGCAAAGACAAGUUGAAGGAGCUGUUGAACACAUACUACCCCAUCGAGAUCGACUCUUCCCGAUCGAUAGACGAGAAGCUGCCACUCAUGGUGGAGUGGUGGACCAAAGCUCACGAGCUGCUGGUGCAGCAGAAGAUCAGGAAGGACCUGCUGGCCAUGGUGGUGAGAGAAUCGGACGCCAUGCUCAGGGAAGGCUAUCAGCUGUUCUUCGACCAUCUGUAUGAGCACAGCAUUCCUCUGCUCAUCUUCUCUGCCGGGAUCGGCGACAUCCUGGAGGAGGUGAUCCGCCAGGCAGGAGUGUUCUAUUCCAACGUCAAGGUCUUCUCCAACUACAUGGACUUUGACGAGGCUGGGGUGCUGAAGGCCUUCAAGGGCGAGCUGAUCCACAUCUACAACAAAAGGGAAGGCGCCCUGCUCAACACGGGUCAUUUCCAGGAGCUCCGUGCCCGGCCCAACGUCCUCCUGCUGGGAGACUCCCUGGGCGACCUGACCAUGGCAGACGGCGUGCACAACAUCGAGAACGUCCUCAAGAUCGGCUUCCUAAACGACAAGGUGGAGGAGAGGAAGCAGUCGUAUUUGGACUCUUAUGACAUUGUGUUGGUCAACGACGAGACCAUGGACGUCCCCAACGCUGUCCUGCUCUACCUCACUGGCAACAAGUGAAGCUGAGGAGUCGUCACACGAGUUGUUUUUAAAACCACGGAGAAAGACACCGGAUGCUCUUUGGUGCAGGAAGUACCAGACAAAAGUCCAAGUAGGAAUUGUCCAUUAUUGUUUUUGUUUUACUAAAAAAAAGAAAGCGACGCUGCAUACACAAAUACUCAGCAGGACCAUACGGUAAGACAUCUUUGCACUGUUCACAUGACAUACUGUACUUCCAGCCUCCUACACCAUGCAAAUGUUCUGUAUAGUCCUCCACGUCUUUACUCUAAUCAUGGUCUAGUGACUAACACGGUGCUACUAAAGUGUCUAAGCGCACAACACAAGCAAAACUAAUUUCAGCCUUUUAGACUUUACGUGGCCAGUCACGUUUGUUUACUGCUUUUUGUGUUUAUUAGAAGAGUUCUAUUGGGACUGUUAGUCAGCCUUGCAGUUCACCAUCCUUUUGUUCAGGGCUCCUUGAAAUAAAACAUUCUUUUUGACCUUCAUCUUUUA